CGCAGGCGCAGAGGCGGCCGCCGCCGGAGGGGCGGGGGCAGGCCAGUGAGAGACUCUCCGACAGGCACGGAGGGUGAUUGGGAGGAGAGGGGGGCAGCGAGAGGCUUGUCAUGGGGAUCCGAGCUGCGAGACGGCAUUGGUAGCAUCUGAGGACUCCGAAGGGGACAGGAAGUGUCAACGCCCGGGACCCCGACGCCAGCUCCGCUGGGGGGAUCCCCGCUGCUCUAGUCCUGGGGAGGGAGGGGGAAAAGGAGGGAGCCCUGAUCUCGCCCCGCCCCUGGGCUUGUUACCGCGGGGGCGGGGAGUGAAGGCUUCUUUUGGGGGGAGUGGAGAUCGGGGGACUCGGCUGUGCCCUCCUGAGCGGCUGCCGGUGUCCCCGCGGCGCCGGGCUGCGGAGCAGAGGAGCCGCGGAGGCCGUGACUGUUGCAUGUGUGGCUGCUGGAUGCGGAGGCGGCGGCGGCGGCGGCGGCGAGGAGCAGCAGCGGCGGCAGGAUGUUAGGGCAGCAGCAGCAGCAACUAUACUCGUCGGCCGCGCUCCUGACCGGGGAGCGGAGCCGGCUCCUCACCUGCUACGUGCAGGACUACCUCGAGUGUGUGGAGUCGCUGCCCCACGACAUGCAGAGGAACGUGUCCGUGCUGCGAGAGCUGGACAACAAAUAUCAAGAAACAUUAAAGGAAAUUGAUGAUGUCUAUGAAAAAUAUAAGAAAGAAGACGAUUCAAACCAGAAAAAACGCCUCCAGCAGCAUCUCCAGAGAGCAUUAAUCAAUAGUCAAGAAUUGGGAGAUGAAAAAAUCCAGAUCGUCACGCAAAUGCUCGAAUUGGUGGAAAAUCGGGCAAGACAGAUGGAGCUGCAUUCACAGUGUUUCCAAGACCCCGCCGAAGGCGAACGAGCCUCAGAUAAAGCAAAGAUGGAGUCCAGCCAACCAGAGCGCUCUUCGAGAAGACCCCGCCGACAGCGGACCAGUGAGAGCCGUGACUUGUGUCACAUGACGAAUGGGAUUGAAGACUGUGACGACCAGCCACCUAAAGAAAAGAAAUCCAAGUCAGCCAAGAAGAAGAAGCGCUCCAAGGCCAAGCAGGAGAGGGAAGCUUCACCUGUUGAGUUUGCAAUAGAUCCCAAUGAACCUACAUAUUGUUUAUGUAACCAAGUGUCUUACGGGGAAAUGAUUGGAUGUGACAAUGAACAGUGUCCAAUUGAAUGGUUUCACUUUUCAUGUGUUUCACUUACCUAUAAACCAAAGGGGAAAUGGUACUGCCCAAAGUGCAGGGGAGAUAAUGAGAAAACGAUGGACAAAAGUACUGAAAAGACAAAAAAGGAUAGAAGAUCGAGGUAGUAAAGGCCAUGCACAUUUUAAAGGGUUAUUUGUCUUUUAUAUAAUUCUUUCAGAUUUACUUUGAGAAAAUGUUUUAGGGUAAAUGCAUAAGACUAUGCAAUAAUUUUUAAUCAUUAGUAUUAAUGGUGUAUUAAAAGUUGUUGUACUUUGUCUGUGACCUUAAUUUUCUGCACUGAGUUACCAAAUACUUUAAAGCAGGUAGUCUUCAGAUCACUUGAUGGAAGAAGCAGGGGAUAGGGAAGGGUGGCGUGAACAUGAUAAAAACUUCACAAACCAUGCCUAUUUCAUUUUCACUGAAAACUGCAAUGCUGAUUUUGGGGUAAACACCAAAGUUUUGCUAGCAUUUUUGUUCUAUGUGCUUGAAAAAAUUUAGAUAUAGCUGGAGUUCUCUGCAAGCAUUUAGAUUAUCUUGGGUAAUUUUAAAAAGGAACAUACAUCACUCAGAGCUUCUUUCUCCCUGGCCCCAUUUCUACAUACAUGUGUUCAUCUCUAGUCUUCCAAGAAUUUAAGGAACUAGAGAUAAGAAUAAUUUGGGAUUCCAUGUGGAAUAAUGUGCUCUUAUUAGAGUAUUUGCUGCUGUAUUUUCCUUAGUAGCAUUUUGAUACACUGGCAGUAGCCCAUUUAUAAAGGCCUGGCUGCUGCUUCAUAGCUACAUUUAAUCUAGUGCUUAAUAAGGGAGUCGUUUUGUUUUAAUUGGGACAAGUAGGAGCAGUUAAGACUACCAAAAAUGCCGCCAUUGGCUUAGAUUGGCAAAAUUUGGGUUAUGCAGUAUCAUGGUUCAAGGUUGAGCGAUUUAAAAAAUGCAUCUUAUUUAAUAGUGUCAUGUUGACCCACUGCUGGCUGCCUACCCAUUGGCCUGUCAGCGGGAAAAGAGCACAUACUAGUCUUUAAAUACCGCCUUUAUAUCAAACAGUAGUUUAAACAGUUCUGCGAGUGGCUGUAAUUCAUUUCUGUCCCAAUCAGUGAUUAUAUAUUAUUUUAAGUAAUAGUGUAUUUACUUUCUUAACUUCCUGGUACUGGUGCUGUUUGUCUUCACGUUUAAUGAACCAAUUUCAUUAUCACAAUGCAAUUAAUAAUGUAUUUGUAAAUUGAAUUUUCCAAGAUUGGAAUAUUUUAAGGGUAAGCAGCUUGAUGGAUAUAUGUCCAUAUAUUUGGAGAAUUUUUCCGUUUUUCAGGGGUGGGGGGGAGCGGAUUAACUAGUCCUUAAAAUCUAUGUGUAACAUACUUUUUAUUCCUCAUUUCUUCCUAAUCUAAUGAUCUUCAUUCUUUUUGAUUAAUCUGUGAAAAAUCCUGUCUGCUUGUUUGAAAAAAAAAAAGAAAAAAAAUGUUUUUUUCUCUUCUUGCUCUCCUGUGUGAGUUUUAGGCAUGUUAUUUCACCCCAUCUCGGUGUCAGGCCCUUUUUCUGUAGUAUACAGUUGGCUUAGCUUUCUCCAAGGUUCUUUCCAAAUCUGCAGUGUUUACACUGUAGUGAGGAUUUUAAUAAUCAAAUUUUUUGAUUUUGGUUUUCUCUCAUUAAUUUUGUCCUUCAUUCUGAGGUAUGAAGACAGUUUAAAGGCAAGCUUAGAGGCAGGUAAUUGCACAAUAUUUGAUUAGCUUCCAUCCUAAGGAUAUUUUGACUGAUGACCAGAGUUGAUUAUAUUAUCUCUAAAGCAAGAAAUACUGAGUUGUGAAGAAAUCCUUUUCUCUCUUGAGAAUACAGCAUUUUGUCUUAGUGAUUAUAUUCUUGUUACCAGGAUAGAGCUGUUUACCUGAUACCGUUAAAAAUAUCAGUAUGUGCAAAGCCCCCAAAGCUUUCAGAUGAGACUUACAUAGAGGUUGGCACCUUCGUACAUAAAUCUGCCUCAGCACAUGGGGAAAAAAAUGAACCUACCAAUAGAAGUCCCCAAAUUUGGACUAGGCUUGACAGGAAAACAAACAUGGAACAUCCUGAAAGAUGUGUUCUCUUUAAGACCUAAUGUUUGAAACAGUUUAAGAAUUACUUUUUGUUUUCUGUACCACAUAGGAAAUAGAAGUUUUACGUUUGCAUAAA